CGGCUCAACGAGCCUGCGUCGACCCCGGUCGACCCAUGGCGGUCGGAGCACACAACUGGUUGUGGCUUUCACGAGGCAAGUUCGCUGCGCGCUCAUCCUCUUCGUGUGUGCAUUCUCGCGUCAUCUUCUGUUUUCCGUUUAAUAAUCCAUAGUCCCUUUCCGGCACGCGUUGUUUCGUAAACAUAGAGAUAUCGUGAAAGGAAUCCGUCAACUUUUCUUAAUCUUAAUCUUAAUAUUCCAAGUGCCGUUAUACGAUUAAUUGAGUUUCAUGCGAACUGUCAAAGAAUUUAAUUCGCCAGAAAAAGUCGUGCUGCAUCAGCCGAGAUCCGUACCUAUUCUCAUCCGGUCGUGUACAGUAUAGUAAAACGAGGUGCUGUCACGUGCUCUUGCACCCGUGAAAUCGGCACCGAUUUACGAUACUUCGUGGACCAUGAGUCGUGUUAGAAGACUUUAACGUUGUUUACAGCAUAACGUAACUCGUGUUUACGGCUACUCGGUACGUACAACCGGUUAAGCACGUGGUGGACAGGAUGCUCCUAAAAUUGGCAGUGUUGCUGUUCGUUUUCGUGCGGCCAGGUGCAAGUUAUUUCAACCUUUUUCUCAGCCAAGCAGAAGUGCGGAAACUAAUGGGUCUGCAGGCGGAAUUGUUUUACGUGAGAGAAGGCGUUAUAAACGAGUACGCGAUUAAAUUCGUCGUCCCGGUGCCAGCCCAGGUUCACAAGCUGCAUUUCACUUGGGAGAAUCUCGCCGGCAGGCCGUUGCCGUACACGAUGUCGGUGGACAUCAGCAAUCCGUCAGCGCUGACGAGCUCCCUCAACAUAUCCCAGGCCGGUGAAAUCCCGGUCGGUGGGCUGCAGACGUGGGCCCUGGCCCUCCAUUGCGGGCCCUACGAUGCCGAGGUCGACCUCAGCCUUCGGAUAAACGUCUCCUUGUCGAGGAGGAACACGACCAGUCUCGACUUCAGGCGAAAGAAAAUAUGUCUCAAGGAUAAGAGCAACGCGGGGCCAGAAGAGGUGCUCGUAGCUGCUUCCGGCUCCUCUACCGGCGGCCAAGUGUUCUACGCGGCGAUAGGCUGCGCCUGCGCGUUCAUCGCCGCCAUUUUCGUCCUCGUCAUAGCCUACUACGUUCGUGACAAGAAGACGAGGAGGCAUCGCGAUCCACUUCAAGAGUCGAGGGGUUUGAGCUCCGCGUGCAGCGUGGAGAGGGGGACGGGAGUCGGGCCCGCGCAAACCUUUUUGUCGCCUGAAACACCCCCACCUGCUUCAGCGACGUCCACCUCGACGUACAGAAGAUUGGACGAUCGACCGAGCCGAGAAUUGCACGAGAGGAUUCAAGAGAUCACCGUACAAAGAUGCAGGGUACGCCUUCUCAGCAUCGAGAUGGAGGGAACAUUCGGUCGCGUGUACAGAGGCAGUUAUCACGAGGAGGGCGCGUCCUCGCCCAGGGAUGUCCUGGUGAAAACUGCCGCCGAGCAUGCAUCACAGUCCCAAGUCGCCCUUCUGCUACGAGAGGGUUUAGCCCUGUACGGUUUGAGCCAUCCGGCCCUGCUCCCAGUUUUGGGCGUCUCGAUCGAGGAUAGAAGCGCUCCUUUUCUCUUGUACCCGCACACCGGUUACAAGAACAUGAAGAGGUUCUUGGUGAGGUGCAAACUGAGCAGCGAAGGGCCACCGAGAGCACUCACCACGCAAGAAGUCGUGGAAAUGGCACUUCAAGCUGCCAAAGGGGUCCAGUAUCUUCACAGAAAGAGGCUGGUGCACAGAGACCUGGCCGCAAGGAAUUGCGUCGUUGACGACGAUCUGAGAGUUCAAAUCACGGACAACGCCCUGGCCAGGGACCUGUUCCCUCAAGAUUACCAUUGCCUCGGGGACAACGAGAAUCGUCCCAUCAAGUGGCUGGCCAUCGAAAGUUUGCUCAACAAAACGUUCAGCACCGCCUCCGACGUGUGGGCGUUCGGUGUAUUGUUAUGGGAAUUGACCACGUUGGCUCAGCAACCGUACGUGGAGGUGGACGCGUUCGAGAUGGCUUCCUACCUCAGAGACGGCUACAGAUUGGCGCAACCGAUAAAUUGCCCCGACGAGCUGUUCGCCGUUAUGGCUUAUUGUUGGGCGAUGUCGGCCGACGAAAGGCCCACGUUUAGCCAGUUGAUCGUCUGCCUUCAAGAUUUCCACACUCAAUUGACCAGAUACGUUUAAAAUAUGUUCUACCACCACUCGGAGAAAAAUUUUGAGAAUUUCGAUGAGAUCGUUGGUAGAUUACGUGUAUAUAUAUAUAAAAUACUAUAUAUAAAAUAGUACUUAAAGAAUUGAUUUCCGAGGAGUUUUCACGAGGAUCGAAAUAGAUAUAGAUAUUCGCGACGAAAUUGUAUCGUGACCGUUUCAGAUCGGCGCGUAAUUUUGUAAAAGAAGAGGAAGAAAGAGAUGGAAAAAAAAAAAAGGGUAAUUCGUGUAAAUUCUUCGCCAAAAGUAGGAUGCAGGCGUACGUAAUUUCUGUAAUAAUACCGGUUUAAUAACCGGUUACGAGCUGUAAGAAAUUUGGAGCGUAGAAGACGUAUAAUUUAUCUCUUAAGUUAAGACUGAAUUAAUUAAUCGAUUAAUUGAUUAUUCAUCGCCACUAUUGUAGGUAAGAAACCACGAAUUUUCAAAAAUGACUGGCAAACAAUCCUUCAUCGUGUAAAAAAAAAAAACUGCCAAUUUCUCGUACUCAGGAAAUACUCGCGCAUUAAUUGAGCAAAAAAGAAGAAGAAGAAGAAGAAGAAGAGGAGGAAAAAGAACGUCGAACAAUUUUUUAAACGUGAUGUGAUACGCUUCGCUUGCCACAUAAAGAGUGUUUCGAGUGUGCCAAUACCCCUCCUCCUUCCCCUCUUCCCCCCUCUCCCUUCUUUCUACUUUUGUAUAUAUUUAUAUUUCUAUACAUGCAUACGUAUAUGCUACGUAUUAGCUACGAAUAAGGAGAAUCUGUCUGUCUCGAAAGGAAGUUUCUGUAUAUACACACACACACAACAUAUAUAUAUAUAUAGCGAACGAUGGAAUAACGAUGGAUAGCGAGGGACACAGAUGUACAAAAUCUCAUACGUUUACAAUUACAAUAAAUCGAUACAUUACGAUACAAAACAA